GUCAUUGUGUAUACCUGGGUUUGAUUACUAUAUUUGGGAUAAACCAAUGUCUUGAUGAUGUGUAAAUUUUCAUCGCUCUGACAUAAUAACGUAUUCAACGAAAUGCCUAUAUAAACCGCUGUAAGCGAUUGAUAAUUGUAGUUCUUUUUUCUUGUUUUUUGUUUUAUUCAACACUUACAUUAAGUAAUGUCUAAUCCUUCUCACGUUGAAAGCAAUGCACCUCCUGUCACCAAAAUUGACCAUACAGUCAAUAGCCAUGGAACACAAGAAACUACUCAGUUUGGUGUAAAAGUUGAUAGUCGAGACAGUCUUCAGGUUGGGGAACGUGGACCAACUCUUUUGGAAGACUUUGUAUUUCGUGAAAAGAUGACUCACUUUGAUCAUGAAAGAAUUCCUGAACGUGUCGUACAUGCCCGUGGUUUUGGUGCUCACGGUUACUUCCAAUCCUAUAAGGACUGGUCCGAAUUGACUUGUGCUGAUUUCCUUACCAAUCCAAACAAGAAGACCCCUACCUUUGUCCGUUUCUCCACUGUAAUCGGUAACAGAGGCUCCCCUGAAACUGUGCGUGACGUUCGUGGUUUUGCUACGCGUUUCUACACUGAUGAAGGAAACUUUGAUUUAGUCGGUAAUGUCAUUGCUCCCUUCUUCGUUCAAGAUCCCAGCAAAUUCGUUGACGUGAUUCAUGCUACCAAGCCUGAGCCAAACAAAGAAGUUCCUCAAGCUUCUACUGCGCAUAACACUGCUUACGAUUUCUUCUCUCAACAACCUGAGACUAUUCAUACUGUGCUCUGGGUCUUAUCUGGUAGAGGUACUCCCAGAAGUUUCCGUCAAGUAGAAGGUUUUGGUGUCAACACCUUCCGUCUGAUCAAUGCACAAGGUAAAUCUGUAUUUGUAAAAUUCCACUGGAAGCCUCUGGCAGGUCUUAACAACCUUGAAUGGGAUGAAGCCCAAAAGAUCAACGGCAAGGAUCCCGACUUCAUGCGUAACGACAUGUACACUGCCAUCGAAAAGGGCCUUUUUCCCGAAUAUGAAUUGGGUGUUCAAAUAAUCCCUGAAGAAGAUGAGCAUAAAUUUGAUUUUGACAUUUUGGAUGCCACAAAGAUUGUUCCCGAAUCACUUAUUCCUGUCACACGACUUGGUAAGAUGGUCUUGAAUCGUACACCCGACGACUUCUUUGGUGAAGUUGAACAAGUCACAUUCCAUCUGGGCCACAUCGUUCGUGGUAUUGGUUUCUCUGAUGAUCCUCUCUUACAAGGCCGUCUCUUCAGUUAUUUGGAUACUCAAAUUAACCGAAUGAACAGUGUCAACUUCCAUCAACUUCCUAUCAAUCGUCCUGUCUGUCCUGUUCACAACAUUAACCGUGAAGGCUUCAUGAACUUUAAUGUCCAUAAGGGCGCUGUUACAUACUUUCCUAAUGCUAUGCAAGACAACACUCCAGCUCCUACCACCGCCAAGGAGGGUGGAUACAUUGAAUAUCCUGAAAAGGUCCAAGCUGGUGUUAAACAAAGAGGCAAGCACGGCAAGAAACUUGACUUUUACAGCCACGCUCAGCUGUUCUAUAACAGCUUGACGACGCACGAACAGCAACAGACGGUCAACAAUUUCCGUUUUGAACUUGGCAAAUGUACCGACCUCCGUGUCCGACAAAAUUUUGUUAACCUCUUGAACCAUGUUGACCAUAACUUGGCCGUCCGUGUUGCUAAUGGCAUUGGCGUCAAAGCUCCUGAGCGACCAGCUAAUGAAAACAAGAAACAGACAACUGUCGGUUUGUCUAUCGAAAACUAUAAGCGACCCAACAAUAUCAAGGCAAAGAACGUUGCUAUCCUGCUUGGCCCUGGUAGUGAUAUCUGUCAAGCAAACGAUAUGUACAAGUUCCUUACCGAUCAAGGUGCUAUUGUUGACUUUAUUGGUCCUGUCCUUGGUGAAUUUGAUGGUUUACCAAUCAAACAAACCUACUUGACCACGACCUCCGUCAUGUAUGAUGGUGUUUUCGUGCCUACAGGUGAAGUGACGACGUUUGAAAAGCUAAUGGAACCCAUCCCAGCUUUCCCAUAUGGAGAGCCUGUCAACUUCAUCUUGGAUACUUACCGUCAUGGUAAACCUAUUGCUCUUGCUGGCAAAGCUGUCGCUUUAUUGAAGGCCGCUCAUGUUCCCUUGUACACCACUGAGAAGGAUGAGAACAAGUAUGGUGUCUUUAUUGCAGAGGACAUGGGUAAGCUCAAGGCUAAUUUCCGAAAGGGUCUUAUCAUUCAAAGAUUCUGGACCCGUUUACCAUUGGACCCUGAUGCAGAAGAAUCUCCUACUCCCACCAACAUUGUUAUUGAUGAUCAAUAA